AUGUUCUCAAAUCUAUCGAUUCCACCUCUGCCGGCAGUGUACCUUCUCGUGGGAUCCCUCCCAUUGCUGGUCAUUUCGGAGUCCGUAUCCCGAUCCCACACUGGCACGGCCCUGUUCAAGAUGCUCUCUUCGGUCGCUUUCCUCAGCGGGCCACUCUUUCUGACUUCGGGGGAGUGGUCUUCCACUCGCUCUCUGAUCACUGCCGGCCUUCUUUUCUCCCUAGCUGGUGACUUUUUCUUAAUUCCUUCGCGAAGCGAGUUCCACAAUGCGAAUUCCAACCCCCAACAGGAAAAGAAAAUCUCUGUCUCCUUCCAGCUCGGAGUUGUCGCCUUCGCAGCAGCUCAUAUAGCUUAUAUCCUGGCCUUCUUCCAAGAUAAUGAGGUUAUCUCGUGGGGAACCUUCGCAACAACAUUCCUCGCAACUAUGGCGGUCGCUAAAUGGCUUGGCGUAAUCUAUCCUCCGCCGGACUCCUCGGCUGGGAGCAAUGUGCUGGAUCUCUCCCUUCCUGCAGACAUGAAACCGUUGGUCCUGGUAUAUGCUACCAUCAUCAGCGUGAUGUUUGCCACCGCAGCUUCGACGACCCCAGUAGAUGUUUCGUCCUGCUGGCAGUAUCAGCGAGUGUUUGGCGCGGCGAUGUUCGUUGCUAGCGAUGUUUAUGUUGCAAAGGAUGCAUUUAAGAAAUCUCUUGGAAGCCGUGGUUGGAUUCAGAGUACUUUUGGGUAUGGACUGUAUUUCUGGGGGCAGAUGGUCAUCGCGGGGUUGGUGCAGAGCUGA